UGUCGUUGUUUUGGUUUUUCAGCUGAGAAGAAGGAGAGAAGAGGAACGUCGACUGUGACCCCGAUUUUCUCUGAUUUAUCUGCGUUCAAGAGGAUAAACAUGCGCAAUGACUUCUGGACUGGAGUCUAUGAAGAAGAAGGUGUACCACGCAGCAAAGGAAGGACUCUCGAUAUCCUUGUAUGCUCACCUCUCUGUCACGCCCCGGGAGGAAUGUCAGGAGCUGUUAGGACAGGUUGUGGAAGAAGAUGGCCAGAAAUGUACUCCACUAUUAAUAUCAGCUCGGAACGGCCAUGAAAAGGCUGUGAGAACACUCUUAAAGUUUACUCCUGACCUGGAGCAAGAGGGAACUGUCAAAUUUGACGGCUAUGUCAUUGAGGGGGCAAGCCCGCUUUGGUGUGCUGCUGGUGCGGGUCAUCUAGGCGUAGUGAAAAUGCUGGUGCGAAAUGGAGCAGAUGUGAACCACCCAACGAAAACAAACUCGACCCCUUUAAGAGCUGCAUGCUUUGAUGGACGCUUAGACAUUGUGAAGUACCUGACAGAUCACUAUGCUAAUAUUCAUAUAACUAAUAAAUACAACAACACUUGCCUGAUGAUAGCAGCCUAUAAGGGGCAUGUUGAUGUUGUACAGUUUUUGUUGGAACUUGGUGCGAACCCGGACGAAAAGGCCCACUGUGGUGCAACAGCCCUCCACUUUGCGGCUGAGUGUGGCCAUGUGAAGAUUGUGAAAGAGCUAUUGGCGCAUGGAGCGAAAAUUACGAAAAAUGAACAUGGCAUGACUCCCCUAAUUGCUGCAGCCGAGAGAACAAGAGCAGAUGUCGUUGAAUAUUUGAUAUCAAGACCUGAUGUUACAAGAGAAGAAAAAGUGGAUGCUCUCGAGCUGCUCGGAGCAUCAUAUGCUAGUGAUAAAGACAAUUAUGAUAUAGAAUUAGCCUACAAAUACAUGAUGCUUGGUAUGAAGGAAAGAUAUAGUGAUGAAGACAAUAUUAUAAGAAAACCAAAAACUGAACCGGUUCCAGCGUAUGAAAAUCGUAUCGAGUGUGAAACAGUAGAAGAGCUGGAGGCCAUUCUUCAUGUUCCGGCAACCCUUCAUAUGGAGAGCUUAGCCAUCAGAGAACGUAUUCUCGGCCCCCAUAAUCCUGAGGUUCCUCACCCGGUUAUAUUCAGAGGAGCUGUAUUUGCCGAUAAUGCUCGAUUUGAUCGGUGUUUACAGCUCUGGAUCCAUGCUUUAAGAUUAAAGCAGCUAAAUAAAGUGUGUGUUAUGAAGGAUCUCUUAAGAUUUGCACAGGUAUUUUCACAAAUGUUACAUGUUGGUGUGCAGCUGGAAUUUGAAGCUGUGCACGAAGUUUUAGAUGCCACAGUCAUAGAACUUCAAAGAAACCAAGAAAAAAUUCAGUGUCCUGGUCCAAAGGAUGACGUAGAGACAAUAAAGGAUGAAAUGGAGAGCAACAUGAUAACUGCCCUGUACCUUAUCAUGAUUGCUGUCUGCGUGGCCAAAGGUCGGUCCACGUCUGCUCAACUCAAUGGUGGCGGAAACGGUGGCAUCGGAAUCAACAAUGGGAUCAGGGGCAUAAAUGGGGGUGUUGGUAUUGUGGGUAUCGGGGUGGGGGCGCUUGAAGGUGGGGAUGCCAUUAGGCCUUCUUUGCAACAGAUCAACCAGACUGUUGAAAAGGAAUCUCAAGUAUACCAGACAGUUUACAAUCUUGUGAGAGUGCAAGCCAGAACUAGGAGUGGACAGACACUUUUACAUUUGGCUGUCAAUCCUGAUACUCCUGUAGAUGACUUUCACACAAACCAUAUCUGCAGAUUUCCAUGUGCAACGACUACAAAACUCCUUAUUGCAUGUGGUGCUGAUGUCAAUAGUAUGGAUAGCAACCGUAACACCCCCUUACACCUUAUUGUUCCUUACCAGAAGCCAAUAAGUGAUUUUUUGACUUUACACAAUAUCAUAAUGGCACUAAUAGAGAAUGGUGCUCAUAUGGAUACUGUCAACCAGAUGGGAGCAACGCCUUUUGAUUCUGCAACGACAGGUGUUGCAGAGAUCAUCCUUAGAACACAGAAGAAACUGAGUCUCAAAUGUCUAGCGGCAAAAGUCAUCAAAGUCAAUAGCAUCCCCUAUAAGGGUCAAGUUCCUCGUCUUCUUGAGGCUUUCAUUGAGCUGCACGGCCCUGGCCACGUGGACGGACUAACCACAAGGCCAAGCAAAAGCGAGCAUCAACUGUAAAAUCUGUUGUCCAAUAGUGUAAGCUAUUGUACUGUCAUGGGUCUUUUCUUCAGUGUGGUAUGGCGGUGCUACUCAUCAAACACUAUAGAUUUGGACACAUGAAUCCAAAACAAUGAGUUGAAGUAAUAAAUAAAUACAUGUUCAUGUGCAUGUACAUACAUAUACAUAUACAUAUGCAUAUACAUAUAUGCAAAUGCAAAUGCAA